ACACACACAAAGGUCGCUCGUCAAAGCAUUGAAACAGAGCAGUCCUUUUGAAACUUUGACGGAUAGUUUACCACCCACGCAACUACCAACGGCUUUAACGUCUUUCUUAACUUCCCCUUACUCACUCCCCCGAACAAAAAAUUAUGUCAGGGAGAAAUCUCCGCCGGCGACUACGAGUGAACGCCGCCGAUGGCCGGAGGAAGAGGCCUCCUCAACCGUCUCCGUCUUCGCGCAGGCGGACCCCGCCGAUGCGACUAUCGGUGAAGUGUUCAAAGCCUCAGAGGAUUAUGAAGCGAUGCUUCUCUGAGCCGAUGCUGCUGAGUUGGAAAGGCGAAGGUGUAAGUGAUGAUCAAGAGAGCAGUAGUUUGGGGUCCGAUCACGGCGAUUCCGGAGGUGUCGGAGUGCUGUAUCAUCCGCAGACUUGUGCCGACGUGUUUUCAUCGACUUCCUCGUUGCCGGGAAUCUCAACCGGAAAUUUUGAGGGGGUCCAGGGUUACAAGAAAGAUGCUAAGGUUGUUGUUAAUGUGACGGUUGAAGGAAGUCCAGGACCUGUUCGAACCAUGGUUAAAUUGGGGGGUUGUGUGGAGGAGACGAUCAAGCUUGUCCUGAACAAGUACAACGAAGAACAACGGACCCCUAAGAUUGACAAAAGUUCACAAUCCUUGUACGAGUUGCAUCAAUCCUAUUUCAGCCUUCAAACAGGUCUAGAUAAAUCAGAAUUGAUUGGGGAUAUUGGUAGCAGAAGCUUCUAUCUCCGAAGAAUUAGCAGUAAUCUUAAUACAAACAAAGCAUCAAGUUCUCUGACCUUGGAUAUUGCUCCACCCUCACCUCCAGCUAUAAUUUUAAUCUCAGCUUUCAUCGCCCAAGGAUUCUGUAAACUCAUAAGAAGAACCGGUAAGCUCUUGAAGCUCUUGGUGUGCAUAGAAUGAGCAUGACCAAGAUGUUCUCACAUUAAUUUUCUAAAGAGUAACUCAUCAUAUUAUUUGGUUACUCUUAACAGCAUCACACAGUGUAAUUGCAAUGAUUCUUUCUGCCUCUCCCCCAUUUUGUACAAUAUUUUUCCCUUUCUCAUACCCUAGAAAGGAUAAUUUGUAAUAUCAACGUUGGAAAUAGCAGAAGAUAUGUUUCUUUCUUUGUGAA